AUGCGGACUCUUCAUUUUGAUAAUGUAAUUUCUAAUGAAGAAGUUGGUGAGAAAAUAUGGGUCUUGUGGAUGAAUGAUUUAAAUGUACAGAUUAUGCGGAUGACCUCACAGUUUUUGUCUCUAAGGAUAGUUGAGGGUCAAUUUCAAUUUUUGGGUAAUUUUAUUUAUGCAAAGUGUAAUAUGAUGGAUAGGCGAGUUCUAUGGGAGGAUUUGAGGUGGAAUAGUAUGAAUAAUGAUCAUUGUUUGUUUGCUGGCGAUUUUAAUAUUAUUCGUACGAAUUUGGAAAGACGGGGUGGUCGUCCUAGGCCAAUAGCGGCGAUGGAUGAUUUUAACCAAUGGAUCCAUGAAGGUGGUUUAAUUGAUUUAAGUGCUCAAGGUAGUAAUUUUUCUUGGUGUAAUGGCCAGAGUGGUUUAGCUAGAGCUUGGGCGAAGCUGGAUCGUGUUUUAUUGGAUGCAAAUUUAUUGUCUUUGUUCCCUACGGCGUCUUGUUCGUACUUAUCAAGGACGACUUCAGACCAUUGCCCUAUGUUGGUUGAAUUUUUUAAGGAUACUUAUUCCUAUGGUCCUCCUCCAUUUAGAUUUCAGCAAAUGUGGGUUGAGCAUCCAGAAUUUAUUGGUUUUAUAAAGCAGGUGUGGGAUGUGCCGGUGAUUGGGACGGGGCUUGUCAUUCUUGCUUGUAAGCUUAAAAAGGUGAAAGUGGCUCUUCGUGAAUGA